GCCCAAUAUUAUAGAACGAAAAGCCCAACAGUACAAAAACAACAGGAAGCUUUUCCCCAAGCCCAAGAAUAACAUAUCCCCUUCCUCAAGAAUUUUCCUAAAUUUCAUAUCCGGGAAAUUACAAAACUCACAAAGUCAAUUAGGAAAGGCUGCCAUUGUCAAACUCUUUAGCUGAAGCUUCCAAAACCCUUAAAAGAGGAACUAAAACCCUAGUCACCGUCUUCGUGUAAAGAGGAAACCCUUUUGCCUCAAUUACUGGGUAAAUUAUUUGAAUAUGUCCGGCGGAAGAUUUAGGGAGCUGUUGAGGAAGUACGGGAAGGUAGCAAUCGGUGUCCACCUCUCCGUCUCGGCGGCCUCAAUCACCGGCCUUUACGUCGCCGUCAAGAACAAUGUUGACGUCGAGUCCGUCUUUCAGAGGCUCGGCAUCCCCGGAGUAUCCUCUAAAGGUGGAGAAAACGAAGCCCCUUCCCCCUCCGACGCCGCCGCCUCCUCCUCGCAUAAUACGGAGAUUAUUAUUCCCGCCGAAGAUGGCGGAGCGUCUGUAGAGGUGAAGAAAAGGAAUCGCACAGCUGAGAUGGCGAAGACCAGCGGUGGUGCUUUGGCUCUGGCGUUGCUGCUUAAUAAGGCCCUUUUCCCGGUAAGGGUUCCGAUCACCCUUGCUCUUACCCCUCCGGUGGCGCGUUUCCUCAGGGCGAGACAGAUUAUUAAGAAUGGCCUGUAGAAAUAUUCGACAGUUAAGAUAUAAUCUUUUUUUUUGUUCUUUGCCUUUCCAAAAUUGGCCUAUCGAGAAACACUUAUGCUUGAGAUAAACAUGGAAUUUCGGGAUUAUAUGCAGGAUUUGGUAGGAACGUUGCGAUUUAUGAUUUUCGGGAUAGCUUUUCACUUUCUGUUUUUUCCCCUUAUCCCAACAUUGUCAAUUGUGUACAUUAUGCACUUAAAGGGCCUGAUCUUGCCCGUGUUUGCUAAGAUAUAGAGCAUGUAUGUGCCUCAUUUCGAUCUCAGAGUUUUUUUUUUUUUUAAUUGCAAUUCCUAUAAAUAUAGAGAGAUAC